CGUUUCUUGUGCUGGGGGCGUUUCAUCUUCGGCCCGGACGUACGGUCGCUGGUCAUCUCGGUCGUCCUCAUCCUCGUGCCCGGCACUCUCUUCUGCAUCUUCGUUGCCGCGCCCUACGCGGGGAAGCUUCCCGGAGGCAUCGCCGUGCUCCCCGUCUCCAUCUGCUUUGUCAUCUGGAAUCUCUUCAUUCUGCUCGUCACAGCGAGCAGGGACCCUGGCAUCGUGCCUCGCAAUCUCGUGCCACCACAGCCAGAUGAGGAGGCAGGGGAGCAGGCAGCGGGAGGGGCGCCGAAGAAGCUGCCACGAGCCAAGGAGGUGGUGGUGAACGGGCACACGGUCAAAGUGAAAUACUGCGACACCUGCCUGCUGUACCGGCCGCCCAGAUGCUCGCACUGCAGCAUAUGCGACAACUGCAUCGAGAAAUUCGACCACCACUGCCCGUGGGUGGGGCAAUGCAUUGGACGGCGCAACUACCCCUUCUUCUUUCUCUUUGUCACCACCACAACCCUCCUCUGCAUCUUCGUCUUCACCCUCUCAGCCUUCUACAUCAAGCUCCUCGUGGACAACUCCUACCCGGGCGCCAGCGGGCAGAGCAUCUCGCUGCUAGAGGCGCUGGGGAAGGGGUACAUGGCGGCGGUGCUGAUGGUCUACACGUUCAUCAUGGUGUGGUUCGUGGGAGGACUCACCGGCUUUCACUCCUUCCUCAUCUCGCGCAACCAGCUGGGGAAGGAGUACCUGGCAGCGGUGCUGAUGGUAUACACGUUCAUCAUGGUGUGGUUCAUUGGAGGACUCACCGGCUUUCACUCCUUUCUCACCUCGCGCAACCAGCUGGGGAAGGGGUACCUGGCAGCGGUGCUGAUGGUAUACACGUUCAUCAUGCUGGGGAAGGGGUACCUGGCAGCGGUGCUGAUGGUAUACACGUUCAUCAUGGUGUGGUUCGUUGGAGGACUCACCGGCUUUCACUCCUUCCUCAUCUCGCGCAACCAGGUGUGUGUGUGGCAAGAGUGGGUUGCUCUCCCCCCCCCUAAGGGGUUAACUGCUGGGGAAGGGGUACAUGGCAGCGGUGCUGAUGGUAUACACGUUCAUCAUGGUGUGGUUCGUGGGAGGGUUGACUGGCUUCCACUCCUUCCUCAUCUCGCGCAACCAGGUGGGUACAGGGUGCACUGGAGUUUACUAGCUCUCUUCAGCACCUGCUCGUGCCUCCCUGCUGGCCGUGCUGGGGAAGGGGUACCUGGCAGCGGUGCUGAUGGUAUACACGUUCAUCAUGGUGUGGUUCGUUCGUUGGAGGGUUAA